GAUGUGAAUGGCUUGCGAAGACGAAGUGUUAACGGAGUGUAUAGCAGUUCAAGGUCAAAGGCUAACUCGAUUAAUUCCGAAAUAAAUUCCAAUGAUGUUGAUGAUCGAAACGCACUUUCUAUCGCGUUCCAUUUCAGUGUCUCAAAGAAACGUGUUCUCGGUGAAUGCAGCAAAUGCAAGAAACCGGUCACAGCGGGCGCAAGGCAAAUGCAUAUGUUCUAUCAUCUUGGCAAGGAUUGCAAUAUCUAUCGCUUCCGAUGCAAGUAUCCGAACUGUGAUGUUGAGCACUAUCGAAAAGAUCAAAUGGAAAAUCAUCACUCAAAACAGCACGGUAAAAUCGAUCCAGCCUUAAUGGAAGAUCGAACUGCUGAGUUGUUCAAUUCGUGUCAGGAACUAUCAAUGCAGCUGCUGGGAACCACCGGAAACACACCUGGACCGACGGCAGCCAAAGCGCAGUUAGCCUAUAACGCAAGUCUUGCGGCACAAGCUCAGAAUCAACUCAGAAAACGAAAGAAACAUAUCGUGAGUUCAUUGUUCCAUAUUUCUAACAAACAUUUCUUGCUGUUAUUCGCAAACAUUUCCUCACGAAUUCCCCAAGUACAACUUCGCUUUGUUGCGAUGCGAUUGAUUUGGUUUGUUGUUUCAGAAAAGAAAAUUCACUGCAUUCGUUCUCGUUAUAAAUGA